AGAAGCGAAGGAGAAAUGGCUGCAAGGUUACUGCUCGGCUCAGCGUUCCGCGCCGCCACCACAUGCCGGGCUGCGCUGGCGCCCCGCGCCCUCCGCCACAUGUCCGCGGGAGGGAUACCUACAGAUGAGGAGCAAGCCACCGGGAUGGAGAAGAUCAUCAUGACGGCCAUGAAGGAGGGAAAGGAUCCUUACAAUAUGUUGAAGCCAAAGGAGUAUGCUGGUUCUAAGGCUGAUCCCCAUCUCGUCCCCUCCAUCACAAACAAGAGGAUCGUUGGAUGUGUUUGUGAGGAAGACAACACAGCUGUGGUGUGGUUUUGGCUUCAUCAGGGCGAUGCUCAGCGCUGUCCAUCCUGUGGUGCCCACUACAAAUUGGUGCCCCAUGAGUUACCUCAUUAAGUUAUACAUACCAUACAUACAAUUUUAUGUGUCAUUGUAGAAACCUACGAUAACACAUUAUGGUCACACAUUCUCGCUCAGAAAGAUUCCAGAUAUAUUUAUGAGGCAAAGAAGCAUCAGAGAGUGACAAUGUCAAUCUGCAAAGCCUCCAGGUCUCCAGGAAGAGUGUUUGUUUGGUAGUAUUUUGGUGGUGGCUUAGGUCUCUCUCUGAUUAGUCUUUGACUUAUGUCUUAGUACUAGAUCAGUGUACUUGCCUGUUCAUCUGUUUUACAUCACUUAAUGUUUCACUUUUUUUGAGGAACAAUACAUAGCCUGGGACACAAUCAUUUUGUUUAUUCAUAUAAUUCCAUUUAACUCCCGUUUACAUUGACACAUGUACUGUACAAUGUUCUUUGCUCAGUUACUCCUCUGGUUGAGCCAAUAAAGUCUCCAACUAAUA